CUAGAAUGUUCCAGUCAUUCAGAAAAUGGUUCUGGUCGGAGAAAUUCUGGCUCCCUCCGACAGUGAAGUGGUCAGACCUGGAAGAUCACGACGGGCUCGUCUUUGCCAAAGCUUCCCAUUUGUACAUGGCGGUUCCAUAUGCCCUACUCUUGUUGGUCAUCAGAUACUUCUUCGAAAAGUUUGUUGCCACACCUCUAGCCAGUGCUCUUGGCAUUCAAAAGACAUCGCAUAAAGUUAAACCAAAUGCCGUCUUAGAAAACUUUUUCAAGCAGUCCACAAGUCGCCCGUCACAUACUGAUGUUUAUGGACUGGCAAAGAAGUGUAACUUGACAGAGCGCCAGGUUGAGAGAUGGUUUAGGAUUCGGCGGAAUCAGAACAAUCCUUGCAGGCUGAAGAAAUUCCAGGAAUCUUGCUGGCGGUUUACAUUUUACCUUGUGCUAACUGUGGCUGGAAUUGUAUUUCUUUAUGAUAAGCCAUGGGCGUAUGACCUCUGGGAGGUCUGGCGUGACUACCCCACACAGCCUUUGCUGCCAUCUCAGUACUGGUACUACAUUUUGGAGAUGAGCUUUUAUUGCUCACUGCUCUUUAGCCUGGGCUCGGACACCAAGAGGAAGGAUUUCCUCGCUCACGUCCUCCACCACCUGGCUGCUAUUAGUUUGAUGAGCUUCUCCUGGUGUGCUAAUUAUAUUCGCAGUGGGACCCUCGUGAUGCUUGUGCAUGAUGUGUCUGACAUUUGGCUAGAGUCUGCUAAAAUGUUUUCUUAUGCUGGGUGGAAGCAAGCCUGCAAUGUCCUGUUCAUCAUCUUCUCCGCUGUAUUCUUCACCAGUCGGUUCAUGAUUUUUCCAUUCUGGAUUUUGUACUGCACAGUGAUUCUGCCUCUGCAUUACCUGGAGCCCUUCUUCUCCUACAUCUUCCUCAACCUCCAGCUCAUAAUCCUCCAGGGCCUUCACUUCUACUGGGGCUAUUUCAUCCUGAAGAUGCUCAACAGAUGCAUAUUCACGAAGAAUAUACAGGAUGUGAGAAGUGAUGAUGAAGAGGAAGAAGAGGAGGAGGAAGAGGAGGAAGAGGAGGAGGAAGAGGAGGAGGAAGAGGAAGAGGGCACCAAAGGCAAAAAGACAAACUAUUUGAAGAAUGGCCUUGGAACCAACAGGCAUCUCAUUCCCAACGGUCAGCAUGGCCGUUAGCUUGACAGCAUGCUGCCAAGACACUGGGAAGCCCGACCGCUCCUCCAUCCACUGCUGUGAGCCCACAGAGACCCCAGCCUGCCCUUUAUUUUAUUUU